UGCGUCGAGGUGGUUAACUGUAGGGGUGUGGCGAGGGCGGACGCGGUGGCAACCCACUCCACACGGAAGGCCUGUCAAUCGAUGUCCCGUGCCGAGGCAGCUCAGGCAGUCGGCGACCCUCUCAAACGCGGCCCCCUCGAGGGACGAGACCCAGUUUCAGACGUCCGACCAUCUGAAAACUGGGUCGUCUGGCCACCGCUUACUCGUAAUAAAGCUCGUAUUGUCUGUCUGUGCGUCUGCUUGCUUUCUAGGUUCAAUAGCCUCGGCCUCUCUACUCUCUGGCAUGGCAACCUGUCAACCACUCCUUCCACAAUUCCCAUCUGGCUGGUCGAAGCGGUUGCUAGACCCGUGUCUCAAUCAAUCGGAGGUAUUUAUGCGAAUAAAGUCCAAGUUCUCGUGGGCCCUUCAAGUGGUGCCGAAUUUCCUGUUUUACCUUGUUGCAAAGACCCAGACUUCGAUGUACCAACAUUUUAA